CUACAGCGAGCAUCCUCUUCCGUCUCAACAACAGCAACAACCGGGUCGUUUCAGCUUUGGCCCGCAGUACCCUGAAACUGGUCUUGUGAGAGAGUAUUAUGGAUCGCAGGAGAAGCAACCUGCUCAACGGCAGGGAUAUCAACAGGAGUAUCCUGGGGAGCGACAAACAGUGUAUGGUAUAAAAUCAUCAAUAGACCAACACCUUGCGUCACAACAGGGGUAUGUGGGGGGACAACAAGGAUAUGUGGAGCAGACGUGGACUGAGGGGAGCGAGGGUCAGUAUUGGAGUUCGUAUCCUGCGCAGUCUCAAUUCCAGAUCUUCGCCUAUGCAACUAAUACCCUCGUUAUGCCCGUUAUGCCUUCAUGUCGCUCCUUGUCAAUGCUUGCUCUCGCCAUCGCUAUAUUUCACUUUUAGCUAUAUAGCUACCUUUAUGAUUGUUUCUCGUAACAGCUCUUGCUUAUUCCUCUCUGCUUAUCUUGUCUAUUCGUUAUGUCCUCGUCCGUCCAUCUCUAUCUCUAUCUGUGUAUAUAUCACGCCACUCUGCUUAAUGGCUGGAUUUUCUUUUUUUUCGUUUCAGUGUAUUUUUGUUUCUUCGUGUAUUUCUUUAAAUUUACAAUCUGUCUAUAUACGAUCAUCGUCGUUUAAAUCCAUAGACCCGCUUUUGUUUCUUCAUUGUAGCUUCGGUGUUAAUGCGGCAGUGGUUCUCAAUGCUCAGGUGUACUCGCCCGAAUGCUUCUGACGAUGCUCUGUAGAACGUUUGGUGUCGGGGCGACUCGUUUACUUUUUUCUGUGCUCCAGGGGGAAUCGGAGCGGAACAAGCAAUCCCAAGUCACUCGUGCUUUUCGUAUAUCGCAUUCAGUGUUACACCUCACAUUCAAUCGUACGGAAGCCAGCG